UGAGAGUUUACGUGAGCAACCAGAGCAAGCUUCUCUCUCUCUCUCUCUCUCUCUCUCUCUCUCUCUCCUUCUCUCUGUCCUUCUUCUUCUUCGUGUUCUUUUGAUGCAAACUUCAUCUCCUCUACGAUCCAAUCCUCGUACAUCAGCAACAAGACAAGCAGUCACGACUUCCCUAUUUUCUGUUUCUUUUAUAAACAUUGGCCCACUUUCCCCAUUUACCUUGCCUUUUAAGCACGCCUUCCUCCUCUCAUAAACCCCUUUCUUUUUCCCUUCAAGCCUUUAACCCCCCCAAUCCCUUCUGUCUCUCUCUAGAUCUCUCUAUUUUUCUCUGCAACUCCUCUCCAUCGCCAAGGAGCAUGCUUGGAUGUCCAGAGAAAGAGAGAGAUUUGAUGAGAUAGGUAAGAAGAUCAAGAGAGAAGCAGAUGCAUAUGAUCGAAUGGGCAGGAGACACAUGUUGGGCACUCCUGGAACCCUUAAUACCAUUACACCUUGUGCUGCUUGUAAGCUUCUGAGAAGAAGGUGUGCUCAGGAAUGCCCUUUCUCUCCUUACUUCUCACCUCAUGAGCCCCAGAAAUUCGCUUCUGUCCAUAAGGUCUUUGGUGCAAGCAACGUCUCCAAGAUGCUAAUGGAAGUGCCAGAGAGCCAAAGAGCCGAUGCAGCUAAUAGUCUAGUUUAUGAGGCGAACGUGAGGCUUAGGGAUCCAGUUUAUGGGUGCAUGGGUGCAAUCUCAGCCUUACAACAACAAGUUCAAUCUUUACAGGCUGAGCUCAAUGCAGUACGAAAUGAGAUAAUGAAAUAUAAGUAUAGGGAAAAUAGUGCUAAUCUCCUUUCAUCAUCACAUGCCGCCGCUUUGCUUUCUACCGUGGCCGCCGUGUCAGUUGCCGCACCACCACCACCAUCACCGGCUCGUGCUCCGCCGCAGCCAUCUCCUGCAAAUGCAACUGAUGUUGUUGUUGUUGCCGCUACUGGUGCUGCUCCCACUGCUUCUUCUUCUUCUUCUACCAUGUAUACUCCCCCUUCUACCACUAUCGACUAUAGUUCCAUUACUAGUGAAAAUGUUUCCUAUUUUGGCUAGAAUUAUUUGUUGGCUUCAAUUUCAUCUUACAUCUUUCUUAUUACGAACCAUGUGGAAUUAAGGGGAAGGAAAUAUUUGAUUGUUAAUUUGGGUUUA